AUGCUCGCUCGUGCCGCCGCCCGCGCGGUCCCCCAGACUCGCACCGUUGUCGCCCGCCGCGGCUUCCAGACCACCCGCGCCCAGAUGUCCUCGCCCUACCACUACCCCGAGGGUCCCUACUCCAACAUCCCCUUCAACCCCAAGUCCAAGUGGUUCGGCGCCGGUUUCUGGACCUACUCUGCCGUUGGCUUUUUCACCCCCUUCGGCAUCGCCGUCUGGCAAAGCAACAAGCCCAAGGUUUAA